GUGAGAAGGCUCUGCUUGUCAGUCAGACUUUGAACAGUGCACUGGCGCUCAUCACUGCUAAUCUCCGGACGCUCCUUGUCAUCAACGACGCUGCUACUGACACCGACCAGCUUUAAAAAAUAUAGAUUAAGAUGAACAGUUGCUGAGAUAAGGCAGGAAACCCGAGGGCAACACCGUAGGGACCGAGCGGAGAUAAAAACGUUAGCUAACGUUACGACGUUUAACGUUACUCGGGAGUUGCGAUGGUCCAGUUAAAGGAUAUUUUUCUAGCCUUGCUUCUUGUGGGCUACACAGUUUCACUGGAAGUGGAGAUCACACCAAGUCACGGUGAGAUUAGUCUUGGAGAGUCCAAAUUCUUCAUGUGUGAAGCCGAUGCUGCUGCCAGGCACAUAGACUGGUUUGGACCGAGUGGGGACAGGAUAGAACCCAACAGACCAGACAUAACAGUAACCCGUAACGAUGAUUCAUCUUCCACCCUCACACUGUAUAAAGCUGGGACUGAAAAUGCAGGGACAUACAAAUGUGUCGCUAGCAAUGGAGACCAGCAAGCGGAGUCAACCGUCAAAGUGAAAAUCUUCCAAAAAAUCACCUUUACAAACGCACCCUCUCCCCAAGAGUUUUCCGAAGGAGACAAUGCCAACAUUGUUUGUGACGUCAUCAGUUCGCCUCCACCCACUGUCUUCUGGAAAUAUAAAGGAGCAAAAAUACAGAUGGAAAAAGAUGUUCGCUUUAAGGUACUGAGCAACAAUCACCUUCAAAUCCGUGGCAUAAAGAAGACCGAUGAGGGCUCCUAUACCUGCGAGGGUCGCCUCAUGGCCCGCGGCGAGAUUGAUCUGCGGGUCAUCAAGGUCGUCGUGAACGUGCUCCCGACCAUCAGGGUAUGGCAGUCCGAGGUGAAUGCCACAGCAGAUGUUGGCCAGGCUGCCAUGUUGACUUGUGCUGUUGAUGGCUAUCCUGAACCCAUGGUGACAUGGACAAGGAAUGGAGUGGUUCUCGAGGCAGGAGAGAAGUACAGCUUUAAUGAUGAUGGCUCCGAAAUGACAUUAAUGGAUGUUGCCAAGCUGGAUGAAGGAGAGUACACCUGCAUUGCCAAAAACAAGGCUGGGGAAAGUGAGCAGGAACUCAGUCUGAGAGUGUUUGUCAAACCUAAGAUCACAUACAUCGAAAACCAGAGCACUUCAGAGAUGGAGGAUCAGGUAACUCUGACUUGCGAGGCGUUAGGAGAUCCGACUCCCACCAUCAGCUGGAGUUCUGGUGAGCGCGUCUUCACCGAAGGAGAGCAGGCACAUCUAAACAGGAUCUAUCAGGCAUCAUGGACUCGGCCCGAGCAACACAAGAGUCUGGAUGGAAGUGUAGUGGUGAGGAGUGAUGCUCGUGUGUCCUCCCUCACUCUGAAGUAUGUCAAGUAUACAGACGCGGGUCAGUACCUUUGCUCAGCACGCAGUGCCAUUGGAGAGGAUGAUCAGCCAGCAUAUCUGGAGGUCCGCUAUGCCCCUAAGAUCAACGGUGCAGUGGCAGUGUACACCUGGGAGGGAAAUGCUGUUAAUAUCAGCUGUGAGGUCAAGGCUCAUCCCAGUGAUGUAUCUAUUGUGUGGCUGAGAGAUGCACUGCAGCUCCCCAACUCAAACACCACCAACAUUAAGAUCUUCAGAAGCUCAUCAGCCAGCUACCUGCAGAUAACCCCUGAGUCUGAAAAUGACUUUGGGAGCUACAACUGCACCGCUUCGAAUGAGAUGGGCACAGAGUCCAAGGAGUUCCUGCUCAUUCAGGCCGAGGUGCCAUCGGCUCCAUCCGUCAGCGAGGUGAGACCCUUCUCCACCACGGCACAGAUCCAGUUUGAGGAGCCAGAAUCCACCGGUGGCGUUGCUGUUCUCAAAUACCGAGCGGAGUGGAGGACUCAGGGCAGGGGCAGCUGGGUGCAACGGGUCUAUGAAGUCCAAGAUGGCUACACCAGCGAGGUGACUAUCACAGGCCUGAAGCCGGAGACCAGCUACGAACUGAAGUUGUCAGCCAUCAACGGCAAGGGUGAAGGUGAAAGCAGCCCUGCGGAGUUCUUCAAGACAGAGCCUGUCCGCUAUACUUACAACAACGGCAUUUAUAAUUUUUUCACUGAAGACACAGAAGGGAAUCCCAAUCCUCCUAAACUCGAAGGGGCACUUCAACCCAAAGGCAACUCCCUCAAAAUCAGCUGGAUCAAGCAGGACGACGGCGGCUCGCCCAUUUUACAUUAUCUUAUCCGCUAUAAACCAAUACAGGUGUCGGAGUGGAAACCAGAAAUCCGACUGCCCAGCGGCAGCGACUACGUGGUUCUCAGCGGGUUAGAGUGGGACACCGAGUACAAUGUCUACGUGGUGGCAGAGAAUCAGAAGGGCAAGUCCCAGCCGGCUACCAUGUCCUUCAGGACCUCCACAGAGCCAGAGGCCAUCCAAGAUUUGGGUGAAGAGGCAGCGUUCUCCAUGGGCGUCAUGCUCUGGGUAGGGAUCCUUGUCGUAGCAUUUGUGUUCCUGCUGCUAGCUGUGGAUGUCACCUGUUUCUUUGUCAACAAAUGUGGCCUCAUCAUGUGCCUCUGCGGUAAAUCAGGCACAGGGACCAAAGGGCACAACUUGGAGGAGGGCAAGGCAGCCUUCAUGAAAGAUGAGUCCAAAGAGCCAAUAGUGGAAGUCAGAACAGAGGACGAGUGCACAGCCAAUCACAACGCAGCAGGACCAACCGAACCCAAUGAAACCACGCCUCUCACAGAGCCAGAGCUGGCGGCUUACACUGCUGCUCUGGCACUGGACACCCUCUCCUCCGUAGCCACCAACUCUGACACAGCCACUGCAACCAUUGACCCCGCUCAGGACAGCCCCUCUAGCGAGACCACUACCCUCACUUGUAGCCUGUCUACCCCGGCCAACGACCCCUCACCCACCCCUGUCCUGGCCCCAGCCCCGACUCCAGAGUCAAACACUGCCCCGCCGACUCCCCUCAGCUUCACCUCAGCCGACGAAGCUAAAAUGGCCCCGUUAGUAGAACAAAGAGGAAGUAUCACCCCAGAAGAACAGGAGAAACUAACCACUCCUCCUAGUACCCCCGAAUGGACUAAAGCUAAAAAGUCUGGGACACCCAUACCACCGAAGCGUAGACACUCUCCUAAACUCGCCGCGCUGAAUGCUAAAGGUAGCCCGCCUGUAUCUCCACUGGCUGCGUCUUCCUCAUCGUCCUCUCCCAAUCUCGACACCAAGAAACCGGCCCCGAGGCCACCGGUCAAUAAGCUUCCCAUACAGCCACACAUUGUAGACUCAGACACCGAGACGCCAGCACAAACGACCGCCACUCUAGCAACCACUGCCCCUCCAAAACCAGACCGUGAUUCAAAGACCCCAGAUCCUAGUGGGUGUGGCCUUACUGCCUUUGACACUAAUAAUAGACCCGCUGACAAAACGGUUGAUAAUAACACUGACAAAGAUGCUCCAACUAGUUCUCCUUCAGUGAUCCACAGUGCUCCUAAAGUCCCGGAAGCUGAAGAAUCUGCUCCUCUAGUUGCAGACGUCCCCUCGCCGUUACCUGUUACUCCUAUUCCUUCUUCCCCCGCCCCCGCCACUGUUGAGGCGCCGGUUUCAAAUGAUCUCCUCACAUCGCCGCCAGACGCGUACAACUUGCAAACCUGUGACGUGGGGCCCAAAAGUGCGGAUUUAGAGUUAGAGUUGACUAACGGGACAAAAAGACCCUCCUGGACCCCCGCUGACCUUAUUAGCUUAGAGAGCCCGCCCUCUGCCCCCUCUCUGCCCAAUGGAGACAGAGGAGACCUCCCCCCCUCAGGCCCAGUUCUGGAGGCGUCAGAGACUCUGGCCAAGACUGCUCCUCCUGUCAACGAUGAGUACGGCUCCCUCUAGAGGAUGAUUUUUUCUGAUGAGAAAGGCAAACUGGAGGAGGCAGACUUAUCAAACGUCUUGACGGAGAUCACUGCAGAACACAACAGUGUCAUACAGACAAAAACCACCGAGAGCAAAGCAUGAUGGGCCGAUGGGGAAACCCCAGCCCGAUCUAAAACAUUUUGCAGCAGCAAAGAGCUAGAAACACUGCAGGAGUUUUGUUUUCCAGUGCCCUUAACUACAUAUUCAAAACCCCACACACACACACACACACGUGUCGAUUGGUUAGAGCGCACUACGACUGUGCUUUUAGUUCCGGUUUCAUUCAUGAAAUGUUUACUACACCUGAGGAGUUAAUCUUGAGAUCGUAAGAGAUUUAUUUUAUUUUUUUAUUGUUAUUUUAUUAAAACCAGUCAGGACGAUUAAGGACAAUCUCUUAUUAUAAUGGUCGCUUGAUAAAUAUGUGAAAUUGGACUCUAAUUUCUGUUCUGUGCUUUUAGUUUGAAUUGCAACUACGCACAAGUAUUGGAUUAUUAUGAGAAAUGUAAAAAAAAAAAAAAAAAAAAACUAAAAAAAACCUGACUAUAUAUAGAAAUUAUUUUUCUUAUUUUCAUGUUCAACUGUUUGCAUUUUUUUUUUUAUUAUUUGUGGGCUUGUCUCAUUAAAAUAGCUUGUUCUGCAUGUCUGACCUGCAAGUGGUUGUUAAGUUUUGUUUACUUUGUCCGUUACAGGGAUGUUUCAUCUCUCACAGAAACGCUGGCAUUGAUUAAACACAGGCCCACAGACUGCAAUGUUUGGAUCAUAACCAUAUUUGUUAUGGUUAUAAAAAAAAAUACAGGAUUAACCCACAGCCAGCUGCAGGGUGGAAAGAGACUGAAAGAAUCCCACGACACAGCGACAGUGUGCACGAUCAGAUCAGAUUUGGCCCAUUUUACGAUCAACUGUAUUCAAAUGUAUGUAUGGUUAGCAUAUUCGUUUAUCAAAUGGAUUUGAUUAAAAAAAGCCAACUCAUUGAACUCAAAGGUCCACCGAAAGACAAAAACUGCCAGCAGGACUGCUGAUUCUCAGCCAAGGGUUGAAGAACCUUGUAUCUUAUGAGCUAAAUUUACACCACAUAUUUGUUGGGGGGGGGGGGCAACCACAACGGUAGCUGCCGUUUCUUCCUCACAUUCUUAUAAAGCAGAUCAAUGGUUGUGCUUUUGAAACAAACAAAAAAAAUGAAUAAAAACUCUAAAAAGCAUUUUUGUACUAUUUCAAAACUACAAAGAUUUCUUUUCCAUUUCCUGCCUGCAAGCUUGUGCAAUGUGCCUGUGUGUUGAUAGAUUGUCUCGUCAUCAGUUUCUAUGAUAACCUGCAUAGCUUUGUCGUGAGAGAUUUAGCCUAUUGUUUUGAUUUAAUAUAUUGUAUUAUUAGAAGAAAAGUACGAUAAAUGGACUAAUGUGGUCAUUAUAACACGUGUAGUGUAUGAAAUUGUCCGUCUCUGGUCACAGCACUAUAUAUUGCCAGCUAUAGUGAAGGAAGGUGUUUUGAGCCUUGGCAUGAAUUCAGUCAGUACUUUAUAAUGUAUAAAUACAAGGCAGAUUGUUUGGCAGAAAUAGUUCUCAUAUUGAUUUAAUGAGUGUUACCUUUGGGGCUUGAUAUGGCAUUCCUACACAUUGUUUUUAUUUCUUUCCCCCAGUUGUUAUUCAAGUGUUCUGUAAUGUGAUCUUUGAAUUUUCUUUUCUUUUUUUUUUUUUUUUAAGUUUUUGUCUUUUUGUACAAAAAUCACUCACCAAGAGCGACUGCUUGACACGUUCAGGAUAAACAUUGGCCGGAAGCAGGGUGGUCCCACCUGAAACGGAAGAGAGAUCAAACUUUAGAUAGUAUAUAUCAAGAGAAGUAAAUACAGAUCAGAGGUAUAUAAGAACAAAAGGACAAGCUUUACUCACCUUGUACUCCACUGCUGUUACAUGACCACCUUGCUCCCUCGCCACUGGACGCUCCUUUUGGUUUUAUUGGGUCAAACUCAGAAAAUAUCUGUUGUGUACAGUCUGAGUGAUAACCCAUUUGCAAAAUAAAAAACGGUUUCCGAAUC